UUCCUUUGAAAAUAAACUUUAGCAGAAGCAUCUUAGUUUGGUCCACUUUCACAUUUCACAGCUCAUUUCUUCCAUUCUUCUUUUGAUUCCACCACAAGUCUUCACCAUAUUCCGUUUCUGCAAUUCUCAUCUUCAAUAAAACGAUUAUUCCAUCCUAGAUUUUUUUUACUAUUUAAUUGAUUUAUGGCGGUGUCGGACGAUGCUUUUCCGGUGAGGAAACGGCGGCCGUCGCUAGGAGCGUUUGUGUCGCCCAAUUUGUCCGAUCAAAAGCUUCUGGAGUCGCUGCUCGUUCUAUCGCAAGAUGUUUCUUCGCUGCGGCCGCUGGGGAUUCUUCUCAGGAGAAUUUCUGCUUCUGUUAUCAGAAAAUCGAGGCUGAUUUCGGUGCUUUUUGAGGAGCUUGUGCGGAAUCCGAUGACUGUUUCUCCGCCUUCCGCGGCUAUGUGCUAUGAAGAAUUGCACAUAGUUUUGCAGAGAAUUAAGGUGCUAUUGGAAGACUGUUCCACCUGUAGCAGGAUGUGGCUUUUGAUGCAAAUUCCGUCGAUUUCGAGCUCGUUCCAUCAUUUGAUCGUUGAAUUAUCGACGCUGCUUGAUAUCUUCCCCGCGCGAGAUCUCAAUUUGAGUGAAGAUGUUUGUGAAUUGCUCGAUUUGAUUAAGAAGCAGUGUUCGGAAACCGCCGCAGAUCCCGUCGAUGAAAACCUAAGAGCGGAGGUUCUGAAAAUAAUGGAGAAUAUCAAACGAGAAAUCGCUCCUGACCACUCCGAGCUACGGCAGAUUUUCGAGCGGUUGAAUUUGCGCGACUCGGCUAGCUGCAGCAACGAAAUCGAGAAUCUGGAAGACGAAGUCCAGAAUCAAGACGACGAGAAAUCGAAGGCGGAGGUAAUCGCGCUGAUCGGACUCGUGCGCUACGCGAAAUGCGUGCUCCACGGCGCCUCGACGCCGCGAAUCGAAACGAGGCGGCAGAAAUCGGCGGCGGAGGGGAAUAUCCCGGCGGACUUCCGGUGCCCUAUCACCCUCGAUUUGAUGCGCGAUCCUGUGGUGGUCUCCACGGGACAGACAUACGACCGCACGUCGAUAAUCCUGUGGAUCGAAUCGGGUCACGCCACGUGUCCGAAGACAGGUCAGACCCUGACCCACACGCAGCUCAUCCCCAAUCUGGCGCUGAAGAGCUUGAUAUCAAUGUGGUGCCGCGAGCAGAGGAUCCCCUUCGAGUCAACGGAGGUCAACGUCAAGGCUAACGGCGCGGGUUUGAAGAACAAGACGGCGUUGGAAGCGAUUAAGAUGACCGUUUCCUUCCUCGUCAACAAACUGACGGCGUCAUCGCAAACGGCGGAUGUGAUCGUCAUCGACCGAUUAGUCCACGAGCUUCGCGUGCUGGCGAAGACGGACUCCGACUGCCGGAAUUGCAUCGCCGACGCCGGAGCUCUGCCGCUGCUGGUCAAAUUUUUAAGCUCCGACAACCCUAGCCUACAGAUAAACGCCGUUACGACGAUUCUAAACAUGUCGAUUCUGGAAGCGAACAAGGCGAGGAUAAUGGAGACGGACGGCGUACUUAACGGCGUAAUCGAGGUGCUGAGAUCCGGCGCCACGUGGGAGGCGAAGGGGAAUGCCGCGGCAACCGUGUUCAGCCUCACGGGGGUGCAAGGGUUCCGGAAGAAGCUGGGGAAAAAAACACGUGUCGUGAAGGCGUUGCUCGAUUUGGCGAAGGAGGGGCCCACGGGGCCCAGGAGGGAUGCCAUGGUGGCGAUUUUGAAUCUGGCGGGGGACAGGGAGGCGGUGGCGAAGCUGGUGGAGGGAGGGGUGGUGGAAAUGGUUGGGGAGGUUAUGGAGACGAUGGUGGAGGAGGCGGUGGCGGUGCUCGAAUUGGUGGUGAAGCGCGGCGGAGUGAUGGCGAUCUCGGCGGCGUAUCACGGGGAGAUGAUGAAGAAGCUCACGGCGGUGCUGAGAGACGGAUCGGAUAGGGCGAGGGAGAGCGCGGCGGCGACGCUGGUGAACAUGUGCCGGAAAGGGGGAUCGGAGAUGGUGGCGGAGCUGGCGGCGAUAAGCGGGAUUGAGAGGGUGGUGUGGGAGAUAAUGGGGACGGGGACGGGGAGAGCGCGGAGGAAGGCGGCGACAUUGUUGAGGAUUUUGAGGAGAUGGGCGGCGGGGCUAAUUGGGGAGCAUUUUAGCACGCAGCAUUCCGCGACAUCUCUGGAUAUCUCAACGAGGAUUGUACUGCCUGCAUAAACAUUUGUACCUUUAGAAAUUAUUUGUUCCAUCCACAUUCAUUUCAUUUAUAACUUUUUUCUUCUUCUUUUGUCUGAUGUAAAUGGGUUCAAGCCAACCUACUAGAUGGCUAAAUUGUGAAUUCUGUUAUACACUUCUAUAUACAAAUCUCAAUUUUCCAUUUACAAUCACUA